AUGGCUGUAGCUUUCGUGUGUCGCUGAUAGUGCGCGGUGUUCACGUCCAAUUUAGUACAGAACGGUGUAAUUCUGACGACUUGUAAAGUUUCAUUUUUGAUUUUUUAGUGAUUACCGUUAAUAUUUACCUUAUUUUUACCAAAGUUUUAUAGCAAAAUUACUGAUUUUUUACUUCCGUCGUCACCAGAAUUCACGCCACGACAAAAUGGCGUCGCUUGACAAGAUUUUCCCAAAAAAUUUAAUUUACAUUUUUUCAAGUAUUGAGUAAAGAAUUAUUAAAAUUGUUUUUUUCUGGUGUUUACUAUGGUCUAAUUCAAGUGAUUUAAUGCCUUUCUACUAAAAUCAGUACACGUAUAUUCGCGUUUAAUCGAAUUUCUUGAAUUCUCAGCAAAAUGCUCUUGAAAGGCUACAUGAAUGAAUCUGAAAGUGAGUCGACAAGUGAAAAGGGUGACAAGAGUGACUCAAGUGGAUCUGGAUCAGGCAGUGAGAGUGACAGUGGGUCAAGUUCUUCUGGAUCUGCAUCUGGGGGAAAUACGGGCUCAGAAAAAUCUUCAAAUCCAGGACACUCACACUACAGCGACGAUGGAAAGUUAUCAUCCAAAGAUAAUUAUGCUAAUUCUUCUAAAUCUGAUCACCAUUCUGAUAAAGAUUCUUCUGAUGAUACCAUCUCAAAACAUAAAUCAAGAAAUAAUCACGGAAAAAUAAAAUCUGAUCUUUGGGAGGACAAUCCUGAUAUUUAUGGAAUAAGAAGAUCAGGGCGGUCGCGUAAAGAGCCGGACAGAUUGAAAUUGGCUGAUAGUGAUUCAAGUGAAAAAGGAAGAAGUAGUAAUAGAAGAAGUAGAAGGAAAAGUGAUUCCUGGAAUUCAGAUACCUCAGACAGUGAUAGUGAUGUAAAAGGAUCACCACCACCACCUUCAAAGAGGCCUGGCCAAAGAGGUGUUCCUCUAAGAAAAAAGAAACCUACAAGAAGAAGAUAUACUAGUGAUGAAGAUGAGAGCACUGAAGCAUCAGAUGAAGACACAAAAAGUCGUACAGCUACGCGUCGAACUGGGGCAGCUGUUAGUUACAAAGAAGCGAGCGAUGAACAAACAGACUCAUCUGAUUUAUUGGAAGUUGAUGGCAUUGAAGGAGAGGCAGAAGCUGAACCUGAACCUGAAGAACACAGUGAGACGAUAGAAAAAAUUUUAGGAUUUCGGCGCGGCAAGAAAGGAGUCACGGGAAAUGUGACUACAGUUUACUAUAUUGAAGAAAAUGGGGAUCCGAAUGAGGGUUGCAAUCCUGAGGAUGAAGAAAGUACAGAACCACAGUACCUGAUAAAGUGGAAGGGUUGGUCCCAUAUACACAACACAUGGGAGUCAGAAAAUUCACUUACUGAACAAAAAGUCAAAGGUCUGAAAAAGUUAGAAAACUAUAAGAAAAAGGAAUCUGAAUUAUCGUGGUGGAGAAAGCAAGCUGGUCCAGAAGACAUAGACUAUUUUGAAUGCCAAUCUGAACUGCAACAAGAACUUGUUAAGUCAUAUAAUUUUGUUGAGAGGAUAUUUGCGGAACAAACGCGAGAACUUGAAAGUGGCGCAACUGCCCAUGAAUAUUUCUGUAAGUGGGAAUCAUUACCAUAUGCUGAUUCGACAUGGGAAGAUUCUACUCUUAUUGAAAAAAGAUGGCCAGAGAAAGUUAGAGAGUUUAAAUCAAGAGAAGCAACAACAUCAACACCAUCUAGACAUUGUCCUGUACUGAGAAGAAGACCAAAAUUCCAUCAAGUAAAAGAACAACCAGAUUAUAUGGGAAAGGAUAAGUCUUACAUAUUAAGAGAUUAUCAAAUGGAUGGGCUGAAUUGGUUGAUACAUUCCUGGUGUAAAGACAAUUCUGUUAUUUUGGCUGAUGAAAUGGGUUUAGGUAAAACAAUUCAGACAAUCUGCUUCCUGUACUAUCUGUUCAAAUCUCAACAAUUGUAUGGACCAUUUCUAUGCGUAGUACCUUUAAGUACAAUGACUGCGUGGCAAAGAGAAUUUACACAGUGGGCACCUGAUAUAAAUGUGGUUACAUACAUUGGUGAUGUAACAAGUAGAGAUAUUAUAAGGCAAUUUGAAUGGAGUUUUGCAAGUUCUAAAAGGCUGAAAUUUAAUGCAAUAUUAACCACUUAUGAAAUUUUACUAAAAGAUAGACAGUUUUUAAGAUCUUUUAGCUGGGCAUGCUUGCUUGUUGAUGAAGCACAUAGGUUAAAAAAUGACGAUUCACUUCUAUAUAAGGCACUUAAAGAGUUUGAUACAAAUCAUAGGUUAUUAGUCACUGGUACUCCUUUACAAAAUUCUCUGAAAGAAUUAUGGGCUCUCCUGCAUUUUAUUAUGCCAUAUAAGUUUGAAUCAUGGGAAGAAUUUGAAAAAGAUCAUGAAGAUGCUGCAACAAAAGGUUAUGAAAAACUUCACAAACAAUUAGAACCAUUUAUUUUGAGAAGACAAAAGAAAGAUGUUGAAAAAUCAUUGCCAGCUAAAGUAGAACAAAUAUUAAGAGUAGAAAUGACUGCAAUACAAAAGCAAUAUUACAAAUGGAUACUUACAAAAAACUAUAGUGAAUUACGAAAAGGUGUUAAGGGAUCAACCAAUACCUUUAUAAAUAUUGUGAUAGAAUUAAAAAAAUGUUGUAAUCAUGCACUAUUGACUAAACCUGAAGAUUUUGAGUCACGAGCAUCUCUUGCUACAACUGAUGCUGUAGAGAAACUUUUAAGAGGUUCCGGAAAAUUGUUAUUGUUAGAUAAACUAUUAUGCAGGCUAAGAGAAACAGGACAUAGAGUAUUGAUUUUCUCACAAAUGGUUAGAAUGUUAGAUAUAUUAGCUGAAUAUUUACAAAGAAGACAUUUUCCAUUUCAACGCCUUGAUGGCAGCAUAAAAGGAGAAUUAAGGAAGCAGGCUUUAGAUCAUUUUAAUGCAGAUGGAUCUCAAGAUUUUUGUUUUCUUCUUUCAACUAGGGCUGGAGGCCUUGGUAUUAAUUUGGCAACUGCUGAUACUGUCAUAAUUUUUGAUUCUGAUUGGAAUCCUCAAAAUGAUCUGCAGGCUCAGGCUCGUGCACAUAGAAUAGGGCAAAAGAAUCAGGUCAACAUUUAUCGGUUGGUAACUGCCAGGUCUGUGGAAGAAGACAUAGUAGAGAGGGCUAAACGAAAGAUGGUGCUUGAUCAUCUUGUUAUUCAAAGAAUGGACACUACUGGCAGGACUGUUCUUAACAAACGAGACGCAUCUGGUACAAGUGCUAACAAUCCUUUCAAUAAAGAAGACUUAAAUGCAAUUUUGAAAUUUGGUGCUGAAGAACUCUUUAAAGAUGAUGAUGAAAAUGAUGAAGAUCCAGUUUGUGAUAUUGAUGAAAUCUUACAAAGAGCUGAAACUCGUGAUGAGGGACCUGCAAUGGCUGGCGAUGAGCUACUGUCUGCAUUCAAAGUAGCUAGCUUUGCAUUUGAUGAAGAAAAGGCGGUUAUGGGAGUUAAAAAGGAAAAUGCAGAAGAUGAAAGCAAAGACUGGGAUGACAUCAUACCAGAUCAUGUUAGAAAAACACUGGCCGAACAGGAGAAAACGAAAGAGAUGGAAGAUUUAUACUUACCACCACGCAGAAAGGCACAACAAAAUAAUAUGGAUAACAGUACAGAAGGCGGUCGCAAGCGUCGUGGCCGGGGCAGUGAGAACGCGGAGGCCGCGGACGGUGAAGGCGACGCCGACAGCGACGUGUCGGACGCGGAUGUCAGUGCUGAUGACGACCGGCCCAGGAAGAGGGGCCGACCGCCGGCUAGCCAUAGAGAGAAAAUAAAAGGCUUCACUGACCCUGAGAUAAGACGAUUUGUAAAGAGCUAUAAAAAAUUCUCGGCGCCAUUGAAGCAUUUGGACAGUAUAGCGUGUGAUGCUGAAUUACAAGAAAAACCGCUGGCGGAAUUGAAAAAAUUGGGAGAAAUUUUACAAGAUAGGUGCAAGGCUGUUUUGAAUGAUACUGCAGAUGCUUCAAAUGAUCAUAGUGACGGUCGAAAGAAUGCAAGAAAGUCGUUUAAACUCGGCGGCGUGUCAGUUAAUGCGAAAACUAUGGCGGCAUGCCAAGAUGAACUUGCGCCACUCGACGAUUUCCUACCUGAUACCAAGGAGGAAAGACUGAAGUGGCAGUUAGAUUUCAAAACGAGACCAGCUAACUUUGAUGUCGACUGGGGAGUAGAAGAUGACUCUAAACUACUUGCAGGCAUUUAUCAGUAUGGAAUGGGAUCCUGGGAGGCUAUAAAAAUGGAUUCUUCAUUUGGUAUUGGUGAAAAAAUGUUGACAAAUGAGGAUAAAAAACCCCAAGCGAAGCAUUUACAGUCUAGAGCAGAUUAUUUACUCAAACUUAUUAAAAAGUUGCUCGACCAGAAAAAUGGCAAACAAAAGCAAAGAAAGCCUAGAGUGAAAAAGGGUACAAAAGAACCAGUAACUAAAGAUAUUGUCGAAGAUGAUGGAAGUUCUGGUGAAGAUCAUAAAAAGAAUACUCGUAGUGGUAGAAAUGAUAAAAAUGAUAAGGGUAAACUCAAAAUGGAAGAAGUUUUAACACAUGAUGAAGCAUCAAAUGACAGAAAGGAAAAAGAUAAGAAACGCACAAAGAAAGAAGGGAAGGAUCGGACCAAAAAUGAUAAAAGCAAAAAAAGUAAAAAGCCUGCUGGCCCAAUGCACUUUACUGCUAAUAAUGAGCCAAGGGCUUUAGAAGUUUUAGGGGAUUUAGAUCCAUCAGUUUUUGAAGAGUGUAAAGAAAAGAUGAGACCAGUGAAGAAAGCACUAAGAGCACUAGACAACCCUGAUCAAACAUUGACAGAAACAGAACAAGUAUCAAGAACAAGGGCUUGCCUUUCACAAAUAGGGAAUCAAAUAGAUAUAUGUGUAGAAGCCUAUCCUGAUCCAGAAAAGAAAGUAGAAUGGAGAAGUAAUCUCUGGUACUUUGUGUCUAAGUUCACAAACUUUGAUGCAAAACAGUUGUAUAGGUUAUAUAAGUACGGCCUUAAGAAAAGCGACAGUAAACAUAAAGACGGCAAGCAUAAGGAAAAUGUCAAAUCAAAUAUUAGAAACAACUUCAAUUCAAAUAAUCAUGUUAAGUCUUUCAAAAAAGAGGCUAAAGGAGAUGAAAACGCAGAGCGUAAAGAGAAGCGACCGAAGAUUGGCCGCGAAAAGUUUGAUAAGAACGAAAAGAAUGCACAUGCAUCUGGUGUUAAGAGAAAAUUAGAAGAGGGUGAAUGUGACCCUGAUCCUGAAAAUAAAAGACACGAAAGACAUAAGCAUAAGGAUCGCAAGCACAGGGAAGGGAGUCUGAAGCGAGAUGAUUUGUCCUACAGAGAGCGCAGUCGGAGCGAGCGGGAGAGGGACCGGGACAGGGAGCGAGAUCGAGAUAGAGAUAGAGAGCGGGACAGGGAUAGGGAACGUGACAGGGAUCGGUCGCGGACGAGGAGGGACAGCGGCGGCGGCGGGCCGCGCGUGCGCCAGCCCUACACGCCGCACGCGCACCCCGAGCACGCGCACGGCCACGCGCCGCACUCGGCGCACGCCGGCCACCCGGCCUGGACGCCGCCCGCCUACCCCGGCCCGAGGCAGUACCGCGGCGACCGCAACCCCAGGACACAUGAUAAGAGAAGCAGGUUCGGCGGAUAUCCUCCCAUGGGGGGCCCGUACAGCGGGUACUACGAGGGCUCGCCGAUGGCGGGCGGCAUGGGCUUCCCGCCCGUGCGCCCCUACCCGGACGACUGGCGCGGCUACGCGCAGCCCGAGUACCCGUACGAUGAGCGGGAGUACGAGCGCGAGGUCUACAGAAGAGACUACGAUCGCCGCGCGCCACCCACAUAGCUCACCGAGUUUGCGAAAUGGACGCUUUUGUAAAUAUAGUACAUAAGAUAGAUUUUUUUGUAAAUAAAAGUAGCCUUUAGAGAUCUCUUUCCGCAGACACUGGUUUAACCGUUAUAAAGUGUAAGUGACAAAAAGUGCUGUGUUUUUAUCUAAGUGAUAAGCGAUGCGCAUGAAUGUAUGGACCUGAGCUGAGACAUUAAGAUAAUGACUGUUUGUAAGUAAGACUGUAUAGUAAAUUUAUUUAUUACCGAGUCUGUCGAUUAUUUGUUAAUGUACAGAUUUUAGAUGGAUACCAUUAAUUUUAUAUUGUUUCAAUUUUGUUGCCAAUUUUAUUGAUUUGAAUAAUAUUUUUUUAUCAGGUGUAAAAUGAUUUUUUGUAUUUAUUUGAAGCCGCAAUUUAUAGGUACUUGACAAACACAUUGGUGAUAUAUCAAUAGAUCAUAGCUGGUGUACAAAAGUAGAAAUUGAAGAAGUAGAUUUGCAUAUAAUGAAAUCAUGUGCAACUGAAUCUUUGUAUAAUUAUGAGGAAUGCAACAAUCAUAAUAUUUGUCAUUGCAUUUUAGCAGUGUACAGGAAAGAGUUUAAUAAUAUUUCAUUUCUCAUACUUGCAUUUUCGGGUCCGAAUAGGACUCGUAUGGUCCUAUUUUUAUACAAUAUGUAAAAUCUAUUAUUCUCUGUUACAUGAAAUAAAGUGUAAUGAGAGUGAGAGCGUCUUAAAAUGGUGAAAAACCAUGAUAAUAAACAUAUUAAAGUUGA